AUUGUGCUGGGAGGGAGGCAGGGAGGGGGGGCAUACACACACAGACUGAGUGCUUGUGUGCGCUCUUGCAUGCGGGGUCUCCCACCAAAUCUCCGCCUCGUUCCACGACCUGAGCUGGCUGGGAUAGGGCCAGGCCACCGGGAGCGCUUAGAGAUCGGGCGAAUCCCUUUGUUGUCCCCAUCGGAUACCCCCCUCUUUCCCUCGGCUAAUGGGCUGUCCCGGUGGGGGGCGCGCCCGCAGGUGCCUCCAUGAAUAAUUUAAAUGACCCUCCCAACUGGAACAUCCUGCCAAACCGACGGGAGCCCGGGGAUGAAGGCAGCAGAUGGAACUACGCCCUGCUGGUCCCCAUGCUGGGCUUGGCCGCCUUCCGUUGGAUCUGGACCAGAGAAUGUCAAAAAGAAAUAGAGAGAGAAAGAAAAGAGUAUUAUAAAAAACAUUCGUCUUUACAAAAAGACCUGGAAGGCAAAUACCGGGAUAUAAUCACAGAAAACCGUCGCACAGUUGCUCAUUUGGAGCUGGAGCUUGAAAAGGAGCGCAACAGAACCCUGAGUUACCGUGAAGCCCUCGUGUCCCAGAGCCGCAAACUAGUAGAAGAAAGAAGGAUCCUAGAACAGGAGCAGGAGAAGCUAGAGCGAGAAAAGCAAGUCCUUUUGCACUCAGGAGCAGAAGGUAGCUUGUACCAAAGUUGUCUGGCAAAGGAAGAAGAGUGGCAAAAGAGAGCCAAAAAUUUACUAAAAGAAUUUGAAGAGGGACUUAAAGAAAGACAGGACAUCUACUGCAGUCUUGUGGUACCCAGAAGCCAGAGACUAGAAAUAGAGAAAAAUCUGCUAGUUAAAGCAGCAACUGAUCCUGUUGCUAUGGCUCUACAUAUGGAAAGUGGCUUAAAAGAUAUUUUCAAACAUGAUAACUACUGUGGCAAUAUGCUGAACCGAAAUAAAAGUCAAAAUGGAAGACUUAUGUGGCUGUAUCUGAGAUAUUGGGAACUAGCUAUUGAGCUACAGAAGUUCAAGAGGGCAGAAAAGGCCAUGUUAGGAAAACGAUAAGCAGGGGAAGUAAUGGGAUUUCACAUGAUCCACUGUGCAUAGUAGUGACAAUCACAGUUAUAGUCUGAAGCUAUUAAAUUCUCCUACUGUGUUUCCGUUUCUCCUCCUUGUUGCACUUGUAUUUGCAUGGGACUUGUGCAGUGUUGCUGCAUUUCCUUUCACUGUCUAACAACAGAUGCUCCAGUGAGCUAUGCAUGCUCUUAAACUCUGUGAGUGUGUUUGUAUUGCAGACUGCAGCGUAGUAUAGAGAUACGCCAGCUUCCACAGGUACCAGAAGCAGCAAAACAGUACUCAGUUUAGAGUGGUUUACCUAGUUGAUGGUCAUACUCCAUCAGCAGAGAAGUGUGAUGUUUCUCCCCCAAGUGGGGUAGCACCUUGUGCUCCUUAUCCCUGGUGUUUUACAUGGUGUCUCAACACGAUCUUUGCUUUUUUUUCUUUUUUUUUUUUAUUUUUUAAGUUUGUUUAAGCAAGACUGAUUUUGAGGCAGACAUUUGGAAGAGAUCAUAUUUGAGCAAGCUUCUUGCCACAUAAGUCCUACACGUAUAUACAUACAUUUAUAUAAAUAUAUAUUUGUGAAUGUGCAUAUAAAUGUAUGCAUUAGUAUUCUGAGGGAGGGGAGUAAUAUCAUGUUUCAAAUUAAUCAGUCUUGCAUUGUCUUCCAGCUUAAUAUACAAAUAGUACUGUAUGAAUUAACUAGCCAAAAGAUGCUAAUUAGAAUAACACAUAAAGAAACAGAUUGAUGGAAGUCUCAUGGAGCUAAGGAUCCGUGGUUGAAUACUUGAGAGUGUAUAAACUCAAAGUUAUAUUCUCACCAUUCUGGAGAUAUAGUAAGAAUACUUUUUUUUUCCUCAGUCAAGGUUUUAGUUGUAACCCAACAGUGUGCCUCCAUUAUAGAUGUCACCGUGCCACUGCCUCUGCAUCCUAGCACUGGCUGCUCCCCAGUUAGCUUGUAGGAACCUCCAUGGGUUACAGCCAUUGCACCUGGCUCGGACAGGUCCUGUUUGUUAUUUGCAGAUAGAAACCUAAAUGCAACUUGCACUGGUAGCCACUACCUGCCUCUCUGGCUGACUCAGUUCUCCCAGAACUGAAGUGUGCUUUUCCAUGACUUAAAUUUUGAGCUCAUGGUUCACCACUUCAUUUACUCAUGACAUUGGAAGUCUACAGAUAUACAAGCUUUGCAAAUUUUUAAGGGGGCUCUUUAAUUUAGUUAGGAUAGGAAAAUAAACGUAUCUAGAUUCAAACAAAACAAUGCAUUUCCAUGCUUGAAAUCUCUUAAGACUUUGAGUGUUCUCUGGGUCCCUGUAGCAGGAGAAACCACCACCUUCUUUCAAACGUGCCGUGUAUUUUGGAGAAUAACUUUUUUUCUUCCUCCUUUCUAAACUGCCUUAGACCUCACAGGGGCAGUGUUUAUCCUUUUGUUUAUAACAUCUGGUCUUCUCUGUUACUUGCCUUUAAUUAGUGUUGGUAGGCUGUCAGUUCUUUAAUUGGCAGUUUUUUAUUUACUGAGGGCUAGACUUGACUUGCUCUAGGCAAUCAGCUUCUGCAUGGCAGGGAAGCAAUCCAGGUGAAGGCCCAUCCAGGUUUAACAGAGAAUUCCAGCAGAUGUGGGUUUUUCUUUUAGUGUUUCCUCAUGGUUUCAUUUCAGUCUGGGCAAAGACAGAAGACAGCAAAUAAAUCCUUUGAAGUUCCAUGUGCAACCUAAUCCAGUUACUCAGCAAAAAUAUCUAACAUGAAACAAAAUCCUUAAACAGAAUACAUGUUUGCCAACUCCUCAGUUUUCCAGUGGUGAUUUUGCUCCCCUUGGUAGUACUAGUUAUAUUGUUGUAUUGAUUUAUUAGUCUCUCAUGUACUAGUUUAUUUUUUUUUAUUUUUAAUUAAAAUUGUAGUAGAUGAACAGACCUGGAAAAAAAAAAAAAAAAUAAAUAAAGAUACCAUCACAAACACCAAAGAGGCCAAAGCUUGUCUGGAUGCCAAGCGUGUGGGUUGGGAGGUGAGAAUGCAAUUGGGUUACUACUCUUGUAUGACAGCCUGAGGCCAGCUGCUGUAGCUGCCGCAUGCACAUGCCCUUAUUGCCCAGAAGAACAGAUUAGUUUGAAUAACUUACCCUGUGUAUAAUUCCUCGAGGAUAUGGGAAGUGUCUGACCACACAGCUGUGGCACAUUUCAUAUGUGCAUACAGGCAGUUAAGCAACAUAGCUGACAAACAGCAGCCGGUGAAUCAAUGCCAAUGUAUUUGAGAAUCUGCCUUGAAUUUGUACAUGUUCAUUAGUUCUUAGUAUUAAAAGCUCAGACGUUUUAUGCAUUUUCAUUUUUUUUCAGUUUGUCACUGACGUCAUUCAAAAUGUUUAAAGAAAAUGUAAUCAAGAGGGUGAAAUACAUACUUUAUACUUUUUUCAGUAUAAAUAUGUAAGUUGAAGCAUCAUACACUCGAUUGUGCAGGGUUGUAUGCAACGUAAUAGAUGUUUGAUUCUCGCUUUCACUUUUUGAGAAGUAUCAAUUAUUUAUACAACUAAUUGUUGAACUAUCAUUCGUGGAUACUUUGCAGAUCAUUCUAUUAAGACAGAAAAGUUAUUUGAGGAGAGUUUUUUAAAGUGUGUAACUGGUUUAGAAGCACCGGUCCUGAUAGUUUCUACCAAAACUCACGUUUGUUGGUCUCUUACAUAUUUUUGAAACAUUCCCCCUUUGUAGGUCAUUAUGUUGAAAAUUCUAUUGUGAGCUUUAUCUUGCCCAACAGAUGUUGUUCUGGAUUGGUUAUUUCUUUGGAAAUGCCUAUAUAUAUGUAGAAUGCAAGAAUAAUUUGUUUUCAGAAUAUUUCAUGAACCUUUUUUUGUUAUGAAAAUUGUUGCUCACCUGUUAAACAAUAACAAUUAAUAAAAACCCUUCCAUAUUUC